AAUGUAUAUUCGUACAGUUGAGUCAUAUAAGAAAUCGUCAACGAAACCUCUGAAGCCGUACUCUAAUCUGGCUCCUAGUUCAUUUAAUAAGAACAGAAUUUUGGAGCCCAAGAGGAGAAUUGCUAGAAGAGAGACCUUUUUAAAGGCUAAUAAUGACUCGAGAGACAUCAAAAUAGCCAAUAAUCCCAAUCCAAAAAGUCGGAGGAAAUACAAAAGUGUUAUCAAAACCGUAUGAAAGACCUCCUAUAAUAGAAUUUCUAAGUCAAGGGCGAACAGGAGGAAAAAUUUACCUUCAAACCCUCCAGGAAAUUACACAACAAGCCAGAUGCCCUUAAUAGCUUACAGUGAGACUGCAACUUCUAUUCACAAGCAAAUUUCUUCGAAGACUGGUUUGAGAGAAAGCUUUACAAAUAAAACAGAAUCUAGAGUUCUAACUCCCAAUUCCAAAAUUUAUGAAAAUAGUCAACCCAUAGAUAUCAACCAUGAUAAGUUUGGCAAGAUUAUGAAUAGAAUUAGAGAACCUGCACAAUACAAAGUACCUAAGAUGAGGAAUACAAAUUAUGCUCCAACCGACUUCUCAGAGGCAGCAAAGUCUGAAUUUGAGGAAAAAGGCCAAAAAGCCCUCAAAGAACUUCAGCAGUUCUUUAACCGAGACAGCGUUUGAAAUGAUGAAGAAGGUGAUAAAGUUGACAAAAGUGAGCCGAUAAAAUUCAAAGUUACAAAAAUGGGGUUUGAUAAGCCAGCCAAAGAAGAAGAGCCUAAAUAGCAAACCUGCCUCUCUUAAGUUCCAGCUUUCUGACUUUCAAAUUUUACACACACUUGGCAAAGGAGCAUCAGGAGUAGUCAAACUUGCAAAACAUAAGAAGAAAAAUUGAAAUGUGGUUUUGAAAAUUUAUGACAAGUAUAAAUUGAUCGAAAGUCAUUUAAAAUAAAUCGUUAUUCAAAGAGAUAGAGCUGCUAAAAUGAGUUUCCCAUCCCAACAUAGUCAAACUUUAUGAUGUAAUAGAAGAUGAUAGACAUAUUUAUCUCAUAAUGGAGUAUGUUAGUGGAGGUUCCCUUCAACAACAGAUGAGGGCAAGAUCAAAGAAAGUUACUGAGGCAGACACUAAGAAAAUUUUCAUGCAGUUAUCAAGUGCAAUAAAAUACCUUCAUUCAAAAAACAUUUACCAUAGAGACAUAAAGUUGGAUAAUGUCCUGCUUGAUUACAAAAGAAAUGUUAAACUUAUUGAUUUUGGGUUUAGUAUCAACUGUAAGCCAACAAAUAAACUCAAGGUAUUCUGAGGCACUCCUUGAUACAUGGCUCCGGAGAUUAUCAGCAAAUAAACCAUACCAUGGAGGCCCUAUAGAUAUGUGGGCACUGGGAGUUAUUUUAUAUACUUUACUCAUUGGCAAGUUUCCUUUCAUAGGAAAAUCUGAAUCUGAUCUUUAUUCUAAAAUAAAACAAGGGAUUUUUAGCAUCCCAGAUACAAUUUCAUUUACAGCGAGAAAAUUGCUAGGGAAAAUGCUUACUCUAGAUCCUGUAAAGAGGCCAACUGCUAAUGAACUUUACUACGAUGAAUGGAUCAGAGGAGAUACGAAAUGCUUCCGAAAAAUGACACUAAAGAUGAUCAAUGACCAAUAUUCAAAUAAUCCUCUUGUUAAAUUAGUAAAGGGUGAUAAAUCUAAUACAAAAUCUCUUCUCUGAAACAAGAAAGAUUGGAGGACUUCGACUAGAUCUUCCCUAUCUCACAAAAGAAUUGAUCCUGAGAUACAUCUUAAAGCAAUUGAUAAAAUCCGAAGUAUGGGAUAUAACUAUAAAUUGAUUAAUGAAAAGCUUGGUGAUUGCACCUCUGAUAUCAAUAGAAUGUACAGGAACUUUAUCAGAUAAUUUUCUUAAAUUUCAACAUUAAA